GGCACGGGUGACUGGGCCAGCCAGCAGCGCUCGCGGCACCAGCCCGCAGCUCGACCAGACGUAAUGUGCUCGCGAUAGAUGGCAUUCAGGUCGGACGACGUUACCGAGCGGACGCGCGUUCUCAUAUUUCGAGCGCGCUCACCUCGAUCGUUCAACAUUUCUAACGAAAGUUUUUGUUGUACAGUUUUUAUUUAGCUUUUACUGUUAGACUGCUACGCGGGUGCUAGUACUAAGAAAAAAAUUAAAAGUCCAUAUUUAAAAGCUUACGUGUUCUCCUUUCUCUGUUGUGGUUGCCAUAAAUUGAAUUUUGUUACGAGGUGACGUAUAAACACUGUGCCGGUGAUAACGGAGAAUGAUGUGAAUAGUGUUGUGUUUAUGUUUGUGAUGUGCAGUUUAGUGUAGACGUGGGUUGUUUACAAUGGGGUACGCGUCGAGCGGAGCGGGGCGCGCUGCGCAUGAGGCGCUGCUGGCCCGCCAGGAUGCAGAGUUGAGGCUCAUGGAGACCAUGAAGCGAAGCCUACAGGCUAAGAUGAAGAGCGACCGGGAGUACGCCCUCGCACUGUCUGCCGCUGCCGCACAAGGCCAGAAGAUGGACAAGUGUGAAGAACUUAACGGCCUAAUAAAUGCCAACAAUCGUCAGUGUUUAAGAUUUAGUUAA